CAUUCGAGCGGACAAGAAGACUCAGUAGUCAAUCAUCCAGUCAGGUAGAUGACCAUGAUGACGCAGCCGAAUCGCGGUGCCGCCAUGCAUAGUUUAGCAUUGUUUUUAUUCGUUACGGUGUCGGUGCUAGAGGUAUUUUUUAGCGCCAACGUGAAUGGCGAAAAUAGAGACUUUGUCUUUCCGGUGCUGAACGAGAAAGCGAUCGGUGAUGCGUGCCGGCUGGAUCGAUCCCAGCAGAGCCAAACCGGAACCUGUCGGCGGAUCGGCGACUGUGACAACUUCAAGUGGCAGGUGCGCCAAAGAUCGUUUAACAUUCUGCAGAGCGUUUGCUACUUCGAGGUGCGCGAUCCGGUGAUUUGCUGCGCGGAUGAUCCAUCCGGCAGCGGAAGCUACGAGCAGCAGCAGCAGAACGCCAUCGAGGGAUGGUCGGAGGAUUUCGAGCGGCGUAACGAGCAAUGGACUUGAAAUCGUGUACGUCGGGGACGAAAAAUUGAACACCAGUUGAGAUUCCAGGAAGAAAAAACGUUCCAGUUUUUGAUUUUACUUAUUUAUUAAAUUGAA